AUGUCUGCUUUUUGUACAGAGUAUCAUCACAGCCUCAUAGAAGAGAAGAAGAAGAAGAAGAAGAAGAAAAAGAAAAAAGCAGAACCCAUACAGAAACAUAGAGCGAUUUAUCAACUACAAGAUCGGGAAAUCAUUGGCUUCACAGCCAUUCAGAGAGGGAGACAACCACCCUUCCCUUCCGUGGACCUCGCUAGCACCAGCUUCUUAAGCAGAUACCUCAUGAACUUAAAUCCAACACUGGCCGAGGUCAAGAAAUCCAAUACAAGGCCUUCAGAUCGGGGGAGAGAACAAGGAACUUAUCAUCAUAGCCUCGUAGAAGAGAAGAAGAAGAAGGAGAAAAGAUCAGAAGUUGGAUGCGGCGGCGAGCCAGCAACCCACGGCUUAACCAAACAUGGUACCGUGGAUAACAAAUGUGUGAGUUGUGACACAAUAGAAGACAUAAACAAAGGGAGGCUCGGAUCCGCAUAUGUUGUCAAACAAAGGGAAAGUGACACCACCAUGGCUGCAACAACCGGUUUCCUGCAAAACGACCCAAAAAUGGGCUCAUUUCACAUACCAUCCGGGUCACCCCGCCAAGAAAACAGGCACACUUUCGCCAUUUACACUCCUCCGGUAAAGCCUGAUGCUCAACAUUCACCACUCACAGUCAAAGAAGGCAGUAAAAAUAAAACAUCCAAAUCAGAUGGGAAUACAUACAAUCUCGAGGGAGCCAACUCUGUGGAGAAGAAACCCAUCACCCAUCAUAUCUCUGUGGAAGCCGAAAAGAAGAUGGAAGAAUGUAAGCUCAACUUGCAUGAUUGGAGUGCUACGUAG